AUGCAUCAAGGUUGGCUGUUCGUGGGCGAGCUGUACGACUCGUGCAUGAACUCUAACAGCACGAACAGUACGACGGCGGAUGACGCGUCGUUGAAAGUCUUGUCGUCGGUGUUAGAGCAGAUUGCUGCGACGAAAAGCAAGAAGAAGCUGUUUCGAUUAGCAGGAGUCUUGCACAAAGCAGGAACAAGCUUUUCAACAGAGCUCGGUGUCGAAGUGAAUGCUCAAAAGCGCCGCGUGCGUGUUGUAUGCAGCGCAUUGAAUGGGGAUCGCGUGCAACAGCACCGCAAGUUCCACAGUGAUUGGUUGGGAAACAAACGCUUGCACCGCUUUUCGUAUCGCUGGAUGAUCCUAUCGCAACUUCUUGAAGGACGCAUGUUGCUUAAGAACCUCACAGAUCAGACCGUCUGCUCGAAGCCUCCCAAAUGGUUUGCGAUGAACUGCCCGGCGCACGACACCUGCCCAUUAGCACGUUUUUUCACCGAGUUCUUCAUGUUGGCUAUGUUGCUCGUAAACUCGAGGCGGUGA